AGUUUCUUUACCCCAGUGGAGACAGGCAGAAGCUUGUGUACCUGGCCACCGAGAUAUUUGGGACCCCCCCCCCCCCCCCCCACGCCAGAGCAGCCUCUUCUCAGCUUUUCACCCGACAGGAAGUUGUAGGGCCCAGCGACCUGUCUGGAGACCCUGAACCACCAAGCAGCCUGCAGCCUCUUGCCACAUCUCAGCAGAAAUGGAGAGGCCUCGCUCCUCCCCAGAUGUGGCGCUUUCUCCCUGUCCUCUGGGAAGGCCCAGUGCUGCCUGCUUUGGGUGUGUAUGGUGGAGGGAGAAGGAAGUAAGGCCACAGGUGCCCCCUGCUGCUUCACACAGAACAGGAGUCCUGUCCCAAGCCCAGUUAAGUAGCUAAAGAACUAUCUCAGCCGCAAGAGGGAUGAGGCAAGGGCUGUCAGAGAGGGGUCUGGGCUUUCGAGCUGACAUAGGGACUCCUUUGCUCUGUCUGACCUCUGCCAGGCCCUGCACAGCAUCAAUGGAUCUCAGUGUUAACAAAAUACAAAGAUCUCAACCCCCUUCUAGCUUCUCCUAGCAACAUCUGCGUCCUCAGAAACCUCUGGUCAUUCCCUUUCCCCGCCCCCAGGCUGCCCUGGCACCACAGUGGCUACCAUGCUGGCAUCUCUGGCCCUGGGGCUUGUCAUUCUCCCCAUGGACUUCCUGGUUCCUAGUUUUUUUGCCAGCUCCUCCCCACAGUGCGUGACCUUUCCAAGUCUUCCCUCCCGCUCCCCGCCAGCACCCUCUUUGAGGAGCAAGAACUUAAUCUGUUGACAGAGCUACACCUUUCCGCAGCAGGCUCAGAUCACUCUGCUCCCUGUGACCUUUGCAUUUGCCCUGCCUCCCUUCUCAGGAGCUCUAGUGACAGGGGAGGUUUCAGCUGGGUUCCUCCUGCUAGCUCCUCAGGACAUCCUUGGCUCCACCCCUUUCCUUCUCCCAAGCCUGACCCAGUGGCCAGAGAGUGGCCCAAAGCUGAUCAGGGGUAGGGAAGGGUGCCCAUGUCCCAUGUUGGUGGAUCCUGACAUUCCACGGCCAGCCCUCUGUCAUCUGAUAUAUACGCCUUCUCACAAGGGGACGACAUGCCAACUGCCAAGCAACUAGCUGACAUUGGCUACAAGACUUUCUCCACCUCCAUGAUGCUGCUUACUGUGUAUGGGGGCUACCUCUGCAGUGUUCGAGCCUACCACUUUUUCCAGCGGCGCAGCUCCCGGCGCCAGGCUGCAGAAGAACAGAAGACCUCAGGAGUUCUGUAGAACUGGGGGGCUCUUUUCCUUGACCAGAGGCCGGAGGCAUGCUGUGGAAAGAGCUCACCUACAAUCAUCCAAAUCAAGAGAACCAGGGCCUUAAUGGUUUUCAAGUCCUGCUGGGGAUAAGUGCCCAUGUUUUCUCUGGAACUGCCAGUUUAAGGAGGCUAUCAAAUCGUAACAGGAAUUGGGGCAGGGGGAGGCACAUGCACAGACAUUAAAUAUUUUGUCAUGUG